UUUAUGUAUUGUCAAAAGUUGUCUGACAUUAUUGUUAUUAAAUUUCAUCAUUUCAGCAAAAAGUAUAAUAUAGUUUGAAAAAAAUCGUAUAGAGAACUGUCUUGUAACAAAUUGUGGUCAAAAUGGAUAUGCUUGUACAAGAACCCAAAAAUAUUCCACUUGAAUUAGCCGGUGCAGCACAACCUGAGAAAAAAGUAAAACAAUUAUCGGAUGUACAAGUGUGGUUACGUUCAGAGGCAUAUUAUGAUUUAGUAGGAUUUAUAAAUGGAAUCAGCACAGCAAUACAAGGAAAAAAACUUAAUGAUCAGAUUUACAUUUCGCCAACGAUGAAAAAUUUGAUCGAAAUCUUUGAUAAACUGAAUUCAUUCAUCAAUGAAACACCACCGAUUGAACAACCACAACGUUUCGGAAAUAAAGCUUUUCGCGCCUGGUCACGAAAAAUGAAUCAUGAGAUAUUUCAAAUUUUGUUAAAAAGUAUUCCGGCGGAUAAAUGUCAUUUGGUUACUGAAUUGGGUUUCUACUUAUCCGAGUCCUUUGGCAAUUCUGUGCGAAUAGAUUAUGGCACCGGGCACGAGCUGUCUUUUAUUUUCUUUUUAUGUGCGCUUUUCAAAGGAGAAAUUUUGAAAGAAGAAGAUAAUAUUGCAAGUGCGUUGGUUCUAUUUAAUACGUACCUUACUUUUGUGCGACGACUACAGAAAACUUAUCGUAUGGAGCCAGCAGGUAGUCAAGGUGUAUGGUCGCUUGACGAUUAUCAGUUUGUGCCAUUUAUUUGGGGCAGUGCUCAGCUUUCAUUUGGAAGUCCAUUUCCGCCAGCCAAGUUCUUAGAUGAGGAUAUAAUUGAUUCGUAUAAGAGCGAAUAUAUGUAUAUAAGUUGUAUUGAUUUUAUACAACAGGUUAAAACUGGUCACUUUUCGGAACAUUCAUACCAGUUGUGGAGUAUUUCCGCCGUACCAUCAUGGUCUAAAAUAAAUGCUGGUCUGGUUAAAAUGUAUCAAAAAGAGAUUUUAUCAAAAUUUCCAAUAAUUCAACAUGUUUACUUCGGAAAUUUAAUGUCAUUUAAUAGUGUGAAACCAGGUACAACUAUAGCCAGUGCGCGGUUAGGAUUUUUGCAUCCUGCAACAGUUACAGAGGCAAAAAAGCCAACAAUUGGGAGCAAUUUAAAAGUUGUUGAUCAAGAAAAUUCAACAACGAGUUCUACCGAACCAGAUUCAAUAAACAACAAGCAACGUGUCAUGAUAAACGUUCAAUCCAGUCAAUCAACUAAGGAAACCGCUGAAUAAUUACAAUGUCAAAUCAACAAACAUACAUACAUUUGUGUACAGCUCAAUCUCGGGAUGAACGAUGGUUUUCGUAAUUAAAAAACAUUAUGAUGUUAUGUUAUUUAUUUUAUAUUAAUAAAGGUUAAUAAAAGAAAGAAAAUAUC